GACAGUGGGUUUCCAGGCGGGGGUUACCGGCUCAGCACGGCCUUGUUGUAGCCACACUUCGGGCUCUACGGCGCGUUCAAAUGGCCAAAACGUACGAUUAUCUCUUCAAGUUGUUGCUCAUCGGAGACAGUGGAGUCGGCAAAACAUGUCUGCUGUUCAGAUUCAGCGAGGACUCCUUCAACACCACCUUCAUAUCCACAAUAGGAAUUGAUUUCAAGAUCAGAACAAUAGAACUGGAUGGAAAAAGAGUAAAGCUACAGAUUUGGGACACUGCAGGGCAGGAAAGGUUUCGCACCAUCACUACAGCGUACUACAGAGGAGCAAUGGGAAUUUUGUUGGUCUAUGACAUCUGCAAUGAAAAGUCUUUUGAAAACAUUAAAAACUGGAUUAGAAAUAUUGAAGAGCAUGCCUCUUCUGAUGUAGAGAAAAUGAUCCUUGGUAACAAAUGUGACAUGACUGACAGAAGACAGGUGUCCAAAGACAGAGGUGAAAAACUGGCAAUUGAUUAUGGUGUUAAGUUCUUGGAAACCAGUGCAAAGUCUAGCUUAAAUGUAGAGGAGGCUUUUUAUACUAUGGGAAGAGACAUCUUGCAUAAUCUGAGCUCAAAGACAACUGACAGCAAUGCUGGAGCAUCAGGCAAACCAGUCAAGAUCACUGAGAAAAAAUCCAAAAGAAUUAAAUUGUUCAAGUGUUCGCUCCUCUAGGCUGCUCGUCUCCAGCGUUCAAGGCUCACAGCAAGUGUGACUUUGCUGUUUUUUUGGAGGAGGGGGGUUCUGCUCUGCCUCCUAGACGUCCACGCAGCGACAGCAGCAGCGGACGUGGUCGUAUGGAACAGACCUCACCGCCAGCCGAAGCACACGAUUGGCUGAGAUGCUAUCUAAAUCUACUGACAGGAGGAGGAGCAAUGUGAAAUGAGGCCUGAUACUGUAUAUCUGCUCACGCAAAGGACGGGUGUGUGACCAUCAGCAGUGGUUUGUAGCCGGCCCUGCAGGUUCUGCUCACGGGAAGCAGUGACCCAUUAUAUCUCAUAGUCGUCUUAUGACAAGCUUUCAUAUAAUGUAGCAUUAUUUUAUAGGCACCUACCUAUUGUCAUAUUUACUGUGAGCUGGACAUACCAAGUCUCAGCGUUGAUUGUAUUUGUCAGUGUGAAUUAAUGUACCAGUAUCUUAAUCUGCCUUUACUCUCCAAUUGCACAGCAACAGUGUUGCAGUAUUGUGAGACAAUAGGCCCAUGUAUAAAUACAACCCAUUUUAUUCUUAUUUAUUGUUUUUAAUGGAACCUUUAUUUUAUUAUUUUUAGUGAUAGAAUGAAACUGUGAAGGGGUUGUUUGGUUCUUGAAGCAGUACAUAAUACAUAUUGUUAUGCAGUUGUCAGUAUUUGCAUGAAGGUUGCAGGGUUUUCCUCCAAGAGGCUCAUUAUUAAGCACAUUACAAUAUAAGAAAAGAACAUGUUUACAGACGGUAUUUGACUGUGUCAGCCAUGUGAAGAAAGUUCAUGUUUUUGCUGUUCACAUAAUGAAUGUUUAAGCACACCCCACUGUUGUGAAGGAUUACUUCUACCUGCCUUUCAUCUCAAAACUAACAAUGACUGGGAAAGUCAAGUGAAUGAUCGUCUGUGUAAGCUACUGUAUGUUACUCCAGUGAAACUUAAGGACAGUAAAGAAAGUUGGUGUUCAACAAGG